AUGUCGCUGUCACAGACGUCCAAUUCGCUCUCGCAAGCUCACCAUUACCAGGUGAACUCAUUGGGUUUCCUACCGACUCCUGUGUUCGAGCGUUUAGGCAUUCUGAAUCUUGGCUUGCUGGACCAGCAACUCCUGCUCCAGUUCUUGCAGAAACAUCUUCAAGCAUUUGGAGGGGACUCAGACAGAAUAACUAUAGGAGGUCGCUCAGCCGGGGCGCAUUCCGUCGGCAUUCAUCUCAACCACAAUUACAACAAAACCACCGGCCCGUCUCCUUUGUUCUCACAAGCGCUCCUCCAGUCGGGAAGCGUUACUUCUCGCUCUUUUCCCAAUGCCUCAUACUCGCUCUACCAAGCUCAAUUCGCACGAUAUCUCAAUCUUACUGGAUGUGGAGGAUCCGCGAAAGGAACCGAUGAAGAAAUACUCGCCUGCUUGCGUGCAGCUCCCAUAGCCGCAAUUCAAAGCGCAAGCAGCCUUCUCUACUAUGAGAGCGAAUACUCGAUUACAUGGCCUUUCCAACCUACAAGAGGUGGACCACUCCUCGAACAGGCAGGAUCUGUCUCAGGAAAGAAUGGGCAAUUCUACCAUGUCCCCACCAUUACCACCAAUGUUCCAAACGAAGCUAAACUUUACACACCUGGUGACUUGAUUACCAACGACGAUUUUCUCGCAUAUGUACAUACUCUGAUUCCCGGCCUCAAUGCGCAAGACCUGAGCGAUCUGGAAGGGCUGUAUCCCGAUCCCGCGAAUCACACGCACAGCCCCUACACCAACAGUCCGAAUUCCACGCAAUACAACCGCGUGAGCGCUGCUGUUACCGACUUCAUGUACGUAUGUCCUGGACAGGAGACAGCAAUACGCAUGUCUACCGCCGGAGUUCCGGUCUAUAAAUCGGUGUUCGCCACCAAUAACUCGUUCCCUACCUGGCAAAGUAUUCCGCACACAUCGGAUACGAAGUAUACGUGGGCAGAGACGCUGCAGGGCGGGACCAAAGGUGUGCAGUAUCCCGAAGUUGGAAACCUUCUUCAUGCAUACUUCGCAGAUUUUGUGGUAUCUGGAAGUCCCAACGGGAGGCAAAGCCAGGAAGCUCCGGAGUGGGCGAAGUACGUCGACGGUGGGAAGAAACUUCCGGGCCUACAGUUGAGGAUUGAAGCUUUCGGGAAUAGUAGGGUCGAAGGCGAUGGGAUCAGGAGGAUCCAGUGUGAAUGGUGGAGAGAUGAAGAGAGGGCUGCGAGGCUUGAGAAGUAG